AAAAUAAAAACAAAAGCACGAUGUCCGAAAGUUCCGAUGAGGAUUCUGGUGGAUUUAAGAUAAAUAAAUCAUAUGCAUCUAAAUAUAACGAUUGGCGAAGAAGAGAAGAGCUACAGAAACUCAGAGAUCGAUAUGGAGAUGAUGCAGAAUUAGAAGAAGAUUCCAGCUCCUCUGAAUCUGAGGAUGAAGAUGCUGAGGCACUUACUGCACAAUUAGAAGAAGACUGGUUUAAGACAUUGGCAGCACUUAAAAGCAAAGAUCCAAGAAUUUAUGAUAAAAAUGUCAAGUUUUAUCAUAGUGAAGAAGAAAAAAGUGAUGAUAGCUCAGAUGAACCUGGACCGAGCAAUAAGAAAGAAAAGCCAGUGUAUCUGAAAGAUUACCAGCGAAAGGUUAUUCUGGAAAAGGAAGGUAUGGUAAGUGAUGAGGAAAGUGAUGAAGAUGAAGAGAUCAGCCAUGAACCAGGGUAUUAUGAAGAACAAGAGGAGAUCAAAAAGAGUUUUAAAGAAAAACUGGCUGAAGAAUCUGAUUCAGAGGGGGAACUUUUUACAAAAAGGUUGAAAACAAAAGAGCAAGAGGAGGAGGAGGAGAAAGAUUAUAUCAAAUGGUUGAAGGAUCAGAAAGAUUUAGAGGAAAGAGACCCAGUAGGAGUAGAACUGGCUCCACUGAAGAGUUACUGGAAUGAUCCUAAGCUUAGUGCAAAUGAAAAAUUCCUCAGAGAUUUGAUACUGAAUAAAGGAUACAUUGAUAAAGAUGGUAGAAGAUUACCUUCCUACAAUGAGAUAGUGGAUGAUGGGGAGGGGUUUUCUGAGGAGGAGGAAAUUCUGGAAAGAGAAGAUCAGUUUGAAAGAAAAUACAACUUCAGAUUUGAAGAGCCAGACCCUGACUUUAUCAAGUCAUACCCUCGAACCAUUAAAGAUUCAGUGCGUCAGAAGGACACAAAGAGAGCAGAGAAAAGAAAAGAGCUGAAAAAGAGGAAAGAUAUGGAAAAACAAAAGAUUAAGGAGGAAGUCAAACAGCUGAAAAACCUAAAAAGAAAGGAGAUAAUGGAUAAAAUAGAUAAACUAAGGGAGAUAACUGGUGAUCCAGACCUAGACUUUAACGAGGAGGAUUUAGAAACAGACUUUGAUCCUCAGAAACAUGAUGAAAUGAUGAAGAAAUACUUUGAUGAUGAGUUUUAUGAGAUGGAGGAGGGAGACCAGAAGCCAGAGGCACCAGCUGAUAUAGAGGAUAUCCAGUGUGAGAACUGGGAUGAGUGGAAUGGAGGGGAUGUGAAGGGAUAUGACGAGGAGUACAAUGAUAUUGAUGAUAAUUAUGAACCACACGUAGAUGAUCCUGACUUUUGUAUGGAUGAUGACUAUGACCCAACAAAAAUUGUUAGUCGAAAAAAGAAUAAGAAGAGGAAAUCAAAGUUUGUGGAGGCAGUCACAACUUCUAAACCUACAUUUGACCCAAAUGAGAAGACUUUUGAGGAGUACUUUGAAGAAUAUUAUAAACUGGACUAUGAAGACAUUGUAGCAGGACAGCCAUGUCGAUUUAAGUACAGAAAUGUUACACCAAACAGUUACGGCCUAGAAGUGGAUGAGAUUUUGAAAUGCAGAGAUAAAGAGUUAAAUGCUUGGGUUUCUGUGAAGAAAAUGAGUCAGUACAGAGAAAAGGAGGAGGAGGAGAGAGAGGUGAAGAUUUUUGAGAGCAAAGGUAAAAACCAGAGAAAGAAGAUGAACGUAUUGUUGUCACUAAAUGAAGAAACAGAGGAAAUACCAGUUAAAAAGGUCAGUGCAACUUCAACAAAGAGCUCACCUGGAAAGAAAAAGAAACGGAAGAAUGCUGACAAUGAGAGCAUUGACAAUUCUGAAGGUCAGACUGUGAAAAAGUCCAAAAAAGAUAAUCUGAAUGAUAGUAAAGAAAUCAAAGGUGGGAUGUUUACAAGGAAAAUAGACAAGAGGAGUAAGUCAGUGGUGAAAGAAAGCCCAAAGAAGAGGGAUAGAAAACAAGAGAGCAGAAAUAUCGGAAAAGAUGUGUAUGUAAAAAUUGAUAGCAAUGACAUGAGCAUGGUUUCUGAUAGUGAGAAGAAAAUAAGAGAAUCAAAAGAACACGAAGAAAAGGUAAAGUUCCAUUCAGAGAGUGAAGAAAGCAAAACAAAACACACUGAAAAGGGUAAAAAAAGUAAAAAGAAGAAAAGUCAAGAUGAUGGGAAGACCUUGUCACAGGAGGCAUCUGAAAAUGACACAGGGAACAGGCUAUCAGGUGGAAUAAAGGAGGCAAAAAGACUAGACACAGUGAAUUCACCAGAGGACAAUAGUGUGACUACUACCCCCACAGAGUAUCAGCAAAUGUCUGGUGACACAAGCAAAAAGAGGAAAAACAAGAGGAAAAAGAAGAAAAAGAAGGGAGGACCUCCUAAAUUAUCUAGUGAGAGACUUCUGGCUUUUGGAAUCAAUCCGAAGAAAGUCAAGUACAUGAACAUUAAUAAGUUUAAAGAGCAGACACAAGGUUGAGAUAGCUAAUGGUGUUGUCUGACAAUAAAAUGUUAAUAGUA